GAGUGGGAAUUGGCGUCGUUCACGCUGGGUACGAGAGACGCCUCGCCCAUCACCUGGGUGCCCACAGCACACCGUCCCUGCUAGGGCUCAUCAACGGGAAAAUCACCUUCUUCCACAACGCCGUCGUUCGAGAAAACCUGCGGCAAUUCGUGGAGAACCUUCUGCCAGGGAAUCUCGUAGAAAAGAUUACAGAUAAAAACUACAUCCGCUUUCUCUCCAACUGGAAGAAAGAAAACAAGCCCCACGUCCUUCUCUUCGAUCACAUGCCGGCUGUGCCGCUGCUAUACAAGCUGACUGCCUUUGCGUAUCGGGAUUACUUGUCCUUCGGUUAUGUGUACGUUGGGCUCCGAGGCACCGAGGAGUUGUCCCGGCAGUACAACAUCAACGUCUACACUCCCACCAUGAUGAUCUUCAAGGAGCACGUCGACAGGCCCGCUGACGUCGUGCAGGCACGAGACAUGAAGAAGCAGCUCAUCGAUGACUUCCUUUCCCAGAACAAGUUCCUCAUGGCAGCCAGACUCACCAGCCAGAGGCUGUUCCAGGAGCUGUGUCCGGUGAAGAAGUCUCACCGUCAGCGAAAGCACUGCGUGGUCUUACUCACUGGAGAAGGCGAUAAGUUCGCUGAGGCUUACGAAGCGUUUCUGACUGUUGCCGUGGCCAACACAAAAGACACGCUGAAGUUUGUGCACAUCUAUAACGAUCGGCAGCCGGAGUUCGCGGACGCCUUGCUGAUGGAUGAGGAGAAGUAUCGGGGAAAAUCCGCUGUGGUCCUUUUGGAGAGACGCAAUAACGCGGGGAAGAUCGCCUAUAAAACCCUGGAGGAGGCCUGGCGAGGCAGCAAAGAGGACAGCUUCGUCCUCCUGGAUCUUCUGGACCAGCUGAGGACGGACCCCGGCUUUCUCUCCUCAGAGACCGUCCUGGCAGACUUGAACGACGAGCUCGCUCCUAUGUUCCUGAUCCGAUGGCUCCACUCCGUGCUGGAUUACGUCUCAGACUGCUGGGACAGUUUGUUUCACAGCAACUGGCGAGAAAUGAUGCCCCUGCUGUCCCUGCUCUUCUCGGCGCUCUUCAUUCUCUUUGGCACCGUUAUUGUUCAGGCUUUCAGCGACUCGAGUGACGCCAGGGACUCUCCUCCCUCCGAGAAAGAAGAAACCGCCGCAAAGACCGAGAAGCACGACGCGAGCUUCAGCAAAGAGAGCAACAGCAGGAUGCCCAAAAAGGGCUUCGUCGAGGUGACUGAGCUGACAGACAUCAACUAUAACAGCAACUUGGUACGCCUAAGGCCAGGUCACAUGAACGUGGUCCUGAUCCUGUCCAACGCCACCAAAACCACCCUCCUCCAGAAGUUCGCGCUGGAAGUCUACACGUUCACGGGGAGCAGCUCUCUUCAUUUCUCCUUCCUCAGCCUGGACAAGCACCGAGAGUGGCUGGAGUACCUGUUAGAGUUCGCGCAGGAUGCGGCCCCCAUCCCAAACCAGUACGACAAGCAUUUCCUCGAGCGCGACUACACGGGCUACGUCCUGGCUCUGAACGGCCACAAGAAAUACUUCUGCCUCUUUAAGCCUCACAGAUCGGGGGAUGAGGGGGGAACCGUGGGAUCGUGUGAGGAUUACGACGCCUCGCUACACGCGGAGGCCAGAGGGAAAUCCUCCUGCAGCCCAGGAUCGAGAUCCGUUAGAAACAAAUUACACAAAUUGUCCUUUUGGAUGGAACGCCUCCUCGAGGGUUCCUUACAGAGGUUUUAUAUCCCCUCGUGGCCCGCGCUAGACUGA